ACUUCACUGCAAAAAGAUGUCAAGUUGUGGGUAAUGGGAAACAGCUAGGAAUAGAGGCAAGGCAGCAGCUUGGGUGAGCAGUGCAUGAAGGAUUGCUGCAGGGUGUUGGGAGGAGCCUUGCGUCUGCCCCGCACAAACAUGGCGGCGCUCAUCCUGCACUAGGCCUGUGCGGGGCAACGGGCUCCGAUCGGCUGGACAUAACGUACCUGGGGAUUGCCAAUUUUACCUUAUUUACUUUUUGCUGUGGAGAAGCAGGCACGUUAAAAAUUAAAACAUGCCAUAUCGUAACCAAGUUCGAAUUCUGUACUUGAAUCGUCAUGACAAGCUUGAAAGAACGCUUUUUCGGCUCAAACAAGGGUAUGAACUACAAUUUCACCUGGGUCCGUCUUUACAAGGAAAAGGUAUCCAGGUGCACACAAACUAUCCGCUAGACACACAAAAGUUUGAACGGCAUCAGUUUCACUUGCUUAAGUGGCAGAAUACAAGCGAAGGAGAUGACUCUGAUAAAUACUGUGCAAUCAUUCUGCGGAUGUCUGGAUCAUUUCAAUUUCAUUUUACCGAAGGAAACAACCAAAAGGAAAGUUCAGGCUAUAUAAUCGUAGAUCCUAUUCUGUACGUUGGACAUGACAAUCAAGUUCUGACACUGGAUAGCAUAUGUGCCCAGACAUUCUUGUCCAAAUGUUUGGGACCAUUGGAUGAAUGGGAAGAUAGGCUAAACGUUUCCAAACACUCAGGUUAUAAUAUGAUCCAUUUUACACCAACGCAAACUCUUGGAUUAUCCAGGUCAUGUUAUUCCUUAGCUGACCAGUUGGAACUAAACCCUGAAUUUUCUCGGGCUGACAAAACUUUCAAUUGGAAUGACGUUGCAAGGCUAGUGGAGAAGUUAAAGAAUGAAUGGAAUGUACUCUGCAUAACGGAUGUGGUCUACAAUCAUACAGCUUCCAACAGCCCUUGGCUGACGAAACACCCAGAAUGUUCCUACAACAUUUUGAAUUCCCCGCAUUUAAAACCUGCAUGGCUUUUAGACCGAGCAUUGUGGCAUUUAACUCUUGACGUGGCCAAAGGAAACUAUCAGGGCAGAGGACUACCUGCUCAUGUUGAAAAUGAACACCACCUUAAUAUUAUUCGUCAAAUCAUCUGGGAGGACAUUUUUUCCAAAUUGCGUUUAUGGGAAUUCUUUCAAGUGAAUGUUGACAAAGUUGUUGCUGACUUCCGCAAUGUACUUAUCAAUGGUGAGAAGAAGAAGUGUGACACUAGACAGAAUCUAAAGGUUAUCCAGGACCCUGAAUUUAAAAGAUUUGGCUGCGUUGUUAAUAUGAGUUUACUAUUGAAAAUGUUUGUACCUCAUGGUAAUAGCCCUCAUGAGAUAGAUGAAUGCUGUGGCUGGGUCCAUCGAAAAAUGGAAGAGUUAAAUAUGGAACGUUAUCACGAAGUACAUAGUCAUCAAGAGCAGGCUGUCAAUUGCGUAUUGGGGACCAUAACCUAUGAACGUCUAGCAGGCCAUGGCCCCAAACUUGGACCUGUUACAGCAAAAGAUCCUUUAGUAACGAGGUACUUUACAUACGAUUUUGAAGAAGUGCCCUUCGAAGAGGAAGAACCAAUGAUGUAUCAGCCAGAAAAGGCCGUAUACUUUAUGGCACAUAAUGGCUGGGUAAUGGGUGAUGAUCCUUUGAGAAACUUUGCAGAGCCAGGUUCUAAUGUUUACCUAAGAAGAGAAUUAAUUUGCUGGGGUGACAGCGUUAAACUGCGAUAUGGAAAGAAGCCAGAAGACUGCCCUUACCUUUGGGCUCACAUGCAGAAGUAUACAGAAAUAACCGCCAAGGUCUUCCACGGGGUGCGGUUAGACAACUGCCAUUCAACACCGAUACGUGUGGCUGAGUACAUGCUGGACAGUGCUAGAAGACUGCGACCUAACUUGUAUGUAGUGGCAGAACUCUUCACUGGAAGUGAAGAUAUGGACAAUGUCUUUGUGACCAAACUGGGCAUAAGCUCCUUAAUACGAGAGGCAAUGAGCGCAGGUGACAGCCACGAGGAAGGGAGGCUGGUUUACCGCUAUGGUGGUAUGCCUGUUGGAUCUUUUGCACAACUAUCUGUCAGACCCCUGUUACCCAAAAUUGCUCAUGCAUUGUUUAUGGAUGUUACUCAUGAUAACGAGUCCUUGGUUCAGCGUCGUUCUGCUCAUGAUGCUCUUCCCUGUGCAACCAUUGUUUCAAUGGCUUGCUGUGCCUCAGGAAGUACAAUGGGUUUUGAUCACUUAGUUCCACAUCAGAUAUCUGUGGUGGAGGAAGAAAGGCUAUAUCCAAAAUAUAAUCCUAAUGCACUUCCAGAUUCUCCAGGGGAGCUCAAUGAAAAGUGUGGAAUCAUUGCAGGAAAACGAGCAAUCAACUUACUUCAUCAAGAGCUUGGCGCUGAGUCCUUCAAUCAGGUGUAUGUGGAUCAAGUUGAUGAAGAUAUUGUGGCAGUAACACGACAUUCCCCAAAUAUACAUCGCUCAGUAGUGGCAGUGUCACGUACUGCAUUUAAAGACCCAACAAAUUCCCACUACAAGACUGACCUACCUACAAUGUGCAUCCCAGGUAAAAUCGAAGAGAUUGUGUUGGAGGCCAUGACUGUGCAGCGGGAAACUGCUCCGUACAAAAAAGAUAAGGAUUUUAUCAAUGGAUUGCCACAAUAUACAGUGGAUAUCAGAGAACAUUUGCAGUUAAAACAGAGCAGAAUUGUUACAGCAAAAGAAACUUCUAAAGAGCGGAAUGACUAUGUCUAUGAAAUUAGCUUUGAAAAUUUUCCUCCUGGGAGCGUCAUUAUCUUCCGGGUGAGCCUAGAUCCAGAGGCCCAGUAUGCAGUUGGAAUCCUCCGUUACCAUCUCAUCCAGUUUAAUCCGUUUUAUGAAGCUGGAAGCAUUACCGACCUCAAAGCUCCAUCAGCACUGACUCACGCCUUUAUAGCAGAUGCUGCCAAUCUUUCGUUGACUGACCUUAACAUGUUGCUAUAUCGAUGCGAUUUUGAGGAACAGGAAGAUGGCGGAGGCUGCUAUAAUAUUUCAAAUUUUGGACCUCUGAAGUAUGCGGGUUUGCAAGGGUUCCUGUCAGUACUCGCGGAUAUUAGACCCAAGAAUGACCUGGGACAUCCUUUAUGUGAAAAUUUGAGGGAUGGAGACUGGAUGAUGGACUUCAUAUCCAACCGUUUAAUUGCACGUGGGGGUGCUCUUGAAGUGGUUGGUAAAUGGUUUGACGCAAUGUUUUCUUACCUCAAAAUGCUUCCCCGCUACCUUAUUCCAUGCUACUUCGAUGCUCUCCUUAUAGGAGCUUACUCGGUUAUCGUGCAAGCAACUUUGGACCGAAUGUCAAGCUUUGUCCAGAAUGGCUCGACGUUUGUGAAGCAGCUUGGUAUGGCUUCAAUACAGAUGUGCGGAAUUGGGCGAUUUCCUGCACUUCCCCAACUUUCACCUUCCCUGAAGGGUGUUCCAUACAGACUGAAUUAUAUCACCAAUGAGAAGGAGCAAUGUUGUCCUUCAUUAGCAGCUGGGCUGCCACAUUUUGCUGCUGGUUUAUUCCGCUGUUGGGGUAGAGAUACCUUCAUUUCUCUCAAAGGACUGCUGCUGGUGACAGGACGCGCACCAGAAGCUAGGAAUAUAAUCCUAUCGUUCGCAAGCACUCUGCGACAUGGUCUAAUUCCAAAUUUGCUUGGACAUGGAAUAUAUGCACGAUAUAAUUGUAGAGAUGCUGUCUGGUGGUGGCUUCAAUGCAUUCAAGAUUUCUGCACCUCAGUUGAGAAUGGAGGAGUGGAUAUUCUCAAAUGUGCAGUCUCUCGACUAUAUCCAACUGACAAUUCUCCAGCCCUUGCUCCAGGCACUGUGGAGCAACCACUAUAUGAAGUGAUGCAGGAAGCCUUGCAGCGCCACGUGGAAGGUGUAGAGUACAGAGAAAGAAAUGCUGGACCUCAUAUGGACACGCGCAUGAGAGAUGAAGGUUUCAAUGUUUCUUUUGGGGUGGAUCUAGAAACUGGUUUUGUGUUUGGUGGACAUCGGUACAACUGUGGUACCUGGAUGGAUAACAUGGGGGAGAGCGACAUGGCUCAAAAUAGAGGAGUUCCAGCCACACCACGGGAUGGAUCUGCAGUUGAAAUCAUUGGCCUUUGUAAGUCAACUGUUCGCUGGCUGGCGAACCUUUCCAAAACAUCUUCGUUUCCUUACACUGGAGUCAAGGGACAGCUGAAAGGAAAAGAAGUAUUUAUUACGUAUGAGGAAUGGGACAAAAAAAUACAAGACAACUUUGAAAAGAGCUUCUUUGUUUCUGGGGAUCCUAAUGAUCCCAAUGAAAAAUAUCCCAACUUUGUCCACAAAAAGAACAUUUAUAAAGACACUUAUGGAGCUACCAGCCCAUGGUGUGAUUAUCAACUGAGACCAAACUUUCCUAUAACUAUGGUCGUGGCUCCUGAGCUUUUCACACCAGAAAAAGCAUGGAAAGCUUUAAAAGUUGUAGAGGAUCAUCUACUUGGACCCCUGGGAUUGAAAACUUUAGACCCAGAUGACCAGGUUUAUUGUGGUUUUUACGAUAACUCGAUCGACAAUGGCAACUUCAACAUUGCCAAGGGUUAUAAUUACCAUCAAGGACCGGAAUGGCUGUGGCCUCUCGGGUAUUUCCUUCGUGCAAAGUUGCACUUUUCAAAAAUGAUUGAAGAGAAAUUGUAUGAAGACACUAAAUAUUUAGUGAAACAUGUUCUUUCUCAUCAUUAUGAUCACCUGUCAAAAUCUCCCUGGAAAGGUCUUCCAGAGCUUACAAAUGAAAAUGGAGCGCACUGUCCAUUUAGCUGUGAAACCCAGGCCUGGUCAAUUGCAGUAGUUCUAGAUGUUCUGUAUGAGCUUUGAAGUGCAGUAUUUUUCCUGUUGCUAACCGCAGUGCAGCAGUUUAACUGAAGGUGGUGCUUUCAUGUCUCGCCAUAGUAUUAAAUACCACUUGCCAUUUAACUACGGUUUUUGUGAUACAAUUAAAAACAUCGCUUGAACAGUGCAAACGUGUGACCUUGUACGUGAUAUGGAAUUACGUGUAUGUUCAUGUGGUAUAUUCAGUAUAAAAGGAUUUUUUUUUCAAAUUAUUGAUUCAAUGUUCUUGUGAUCUUAACUAUUUAUAAUCAAGCCUGGCUGUUAGCAACAUUGCAUUAAUCCAAAACUCGUUUUAAAUUGCUAACCUUAGUGCGGAAUAGAAUCUAAAUCUUGACGUUGGAACAGCUUAGGAUAGUUUGAUUAAAAUGGUAGCAAUGCACAAAUCCAAAUUUGAGCCUUUGUUGUAGCUGCCACUGUGAUUGUUUAAUUUGCCAAGAUGCAAAUAACCUGAAAUUAACAUUACAUAUAGAGUUGAAAACUAUAAUUUUAAAGCACUUUCUAUAUUAUUUUAAUUUAACAGUGGUGAAUUAAUGUGAAAAAGAAUCAUUAUCUUGUACAACACUGUACCAAUUUUUUUAGGCACUGGAAUGAAAGUUAUUUUAAGUACUUGCAUGAAAAUUGCACAUUUAGAAUUGUAGGAGGGGAAACCUGUGUGUUUAAUGGAAUGAAGGUUGGACAUAAUGUCUUUGAAGUCUUGAUAAUUAGUCAUAACUUCACUGAUUAAGAUUGCCAUCAAGUAUAGAACAAAACUAUAUGCAUGUGUGGACACAAAGUACUGUAGUAACUCAGCGGGUCAGGCAGCAUCUUUGAAGAGAAGGAAUGGGCGACGUUUCGCGUUGAGACCCUUCUUCAGAUUGAUGUCAGGGGAGUGGGCGGGACAGAGAUAGAAUGUAGUCGGAGACAGUAAGACUAGUGGGAGAACUUGGAAGGGGGAGGGGAUGGAGCGGGAAAACAAGGGCUAUUUGAAGUUAGAGAAUUCAAUGUUCAUACCGCUGGGGUGUAAGCUACCCAAGCAAAAUAUGAGGUGCUGUUCCUCCAAUUUACGCUGUGCCUCACUCUGCCAAUGGAGGAGGCCCAGGACAGAAAGGUCAGUUUGGGAAUGGGAGGGGGAGUUAAAUUGUUAAGCAACUGGGAGAUCAGGUAGGUUCUGCGGACUGAGCGGAGGUGUUCAGCGAAAUGAUCGCCGAGCCUGUGCUUGGUUUCGCCGAUGAACAGACGUUGACACCUGGAAUAGCUUACACCUCAGCAGUAUGAACAUUGACUUCUCUAACUUCAAAUAGCCCUUGCUUUCCCUCUCUCUCCAUCCCCUCCCACUUCCAAGUUCUCCCACUAGUCUUAUUGUCUCCGACUACAUUCUAUCUCUGUCCCACCCACUCCUCUGAAAUCAGUCUGAAGAAGGGUCUCGACCCGAAAUGUCACUCAUUCCUUCUCUCCAGAGAUGCUGCUUGUCCCGCUGAGUUACUCCAGCAUUUUGUGUCUACCUUCGAUUUAAAUCGGCAUCUGCAGUUCUUUCCUACACUAUAUGCAUGUGUGUUUUAUAUCCCACUAAGUGUAAAAUUCAGAUACAUAUUAAUGUCUGAUCACUGUCAACGUAUGUAAUUGUAGCAUUUCCAUCAGGUUUUAAAGUCUAUAAGCAUUUACUAUGCAGUUCUUCUCCAAAGGAUUUUGUUGAAUACAGCAUUUGACCAUUUCAAUGCAUUAAAACUAGCAAAUUUUAAUUUUGCCUCAGAAUUAUUAAGUACUCGUCAAGGAGGACAGAUAAUCUAAUUGAGAUAUUUGAUUUUAUCCUUCAUUCAACAUUUGUAACCUUGUUCCUAAGUGUAAUGCUCAACAUUUAUUGUUAAAUUUAUCUUUGAAUAUUGAAAAAACUUGACAUGCUUUUUUUUUCAAAAUUGUUUCACAUUUGCUUGGAAUUGGGGAAAUGUUAAGUUGAAAACAGCAAUUUCUACUACAAACCUUGGAAUUUGCAAAGAUAGCUACGAAUUAAACAUAUAUGGAUAUUACAGCUGUAAUUAAGCAAAAAAUGCUGCAUUAAAUCACUCAUUGUUUUGUG